UGUAAGUUCUAUAUUAUUUUUGAUUUAUUAAAAGAAAAAAAAAUAUAAUAAUAAUAAUAAUAAUAAUAUUCGAUUGAUAUAUAUAUAUAUAUGUAGCUACAACAUGUCGAAGUAUAGAAUUUUCUUGUCGUGAUGGAAGUUGUAUUCCAUAUUAUGAUGUUUGUAAUUCAUAUGAAGAUUGUCCAUCGGGUAUUGAUGAAGCAAUGUGUUCACAGGAAUUUACUCUUCAUCAACGUACACAACAAGAAAAUCGAAAGAAACCUUCGAAUGAUAUUGAUAGUGAUGGGAAUAAUGAUAUUGAUGAAAAUUUUGAUGAUGUAUUAGAUGAAGAUCAAUUAAUAGCAUCAUCAACAACAACAAUGAAAAGUGGAAAACAAGAUAAAAAUUUAACAUCGUCAUCAUAUUUCUAUAAUAUUGAUCUUGAUACACAAGAACGUGUGUCAAGAUUACAAAAAUUAAAAGAAUAUUUAGAAGAAACUAAAGGUCCUGAAGCAUGGUAUCAUUUAUUUCAAACAUUAAUUCAACAUCAACAACAAGAUCAUACAAAUUUAGAAACCGAACAAACUGGAUCAGUAUCAUCAAGUGAUGAUGAUAAUAACUUUCAAGACCAUUUAUUAGCAUUAGAACAACAAUGGAUAGCUGAUCGACAAAAAGCAACAACUACGACAACAACACAAGCAACAAAACCAAAAAUUAUUAGUAGAAAAACAACAACAACAACAACAACUCAACGAAUGAAAAUUGUAAAUGAUGAUGAUCUAAGUUUACAACGACCAUCAACUGUCAUUGAUGACGAUUCAACUGAUGAGUAUGUUGAUGAUCGUGAUGGAUACUAUUGGCGACCAACAUAUGAUGAUCGUAGUGGAAAUCGCUAUAAUUAUCAACAAAAACCCAAAACUGCAUCAACAACAAGAAAACCGAAAACGAAAUAUCCUUUAAUAAAUCAAGAUAGUAGCACUAUGACAACAUUAUUACGAGGUAGUUCGAUAUUAUUUUUAAUAUUUUUUGUUGU